ACUUGUUUAACCAAAAUAUGAAUUUUAUAUUUUAAGAUAACCAUGAGUAAAAUAUCCUAGAUAAUUCAUAUAAAAUAUAAAAGCAGUAUUAUUAAUAAGUUUAAAAUGUUAAAUAUGUUUAAAAUAUAUAGAUGUUUACCUUUGCGAAGAUGUCGUAUCAAUCAAAUACGAAAUGUUCAAUCAACUUCAAAUCCACCAGUUAAACCUGACCCUAAUGUUGGAAAAGGUGGUCCAAUUACAUGGAAAAGCUUAGGUAUAACUGCCGCUAUAGGUGGUGGAUUAUUAGCAUUUAUGUUACACGUUAAAAGGGAAAAAGAAGAAGCGAUGGCUAAGGAACGAAAAAGAAUGUUAGGGAAAGCUGCAAUUGGUGGUCGUUUCGAACUAGUUGAUACUAAUAAAAAAUUACGUAAAAGUGAAGAUUUCUUAGGCAAAUGGGUACUCAUUUAUUUUGGAUUUACACAUUGUCCUGAUAUUUGCCCAGAAGAAUUGGAAAAAUUGGCACUAGUUGUUAAAAAAUUAGAUGAUCUUCCAAAAAAUCAAAAAAUAGACGUGGAGCCAUUAUUCAUUUCUGUGGAUCCGACACGUGAUACACCAGAAGUGGUUGGAAAAUAUGUUAAAGAAUUUAGUGAUCGGUUCAUUGGUUUAACUGGAUCUGAGGAUCAAGUACGACAAGCAUGUAAAUCAUAUCGUGUAUAUUUUAGUGCAGGACCACGAGACGAAGAUAACGAUUAUAUAGUAGAUCAUACAAUCAUUAUAUAUUUAGUGGAUCCAGAUGGUGAAUUUGUUGAUUAUUAUGGACAAAAUCGUAAUGCAGAUGACAUAUUUAGUUCUAUAUUAGUUAAUGUUGCUAAAUACGAACAAACGAAUUCGAAAAAAUGGUUUUAAUUUAAUUUUUUUUAAAUUUGUGAUAUUUGCUUUUAUCUGUAUCAUACAAGAUCGUCGUGCAUUUGAAACGUUAUUCUCACUAACAACAGAAUUAUAUCAGAAAUAGUUGUACAAUAAAAUAUUGAUAAUCAUCGUUUAUUUAACAUUAAAAUUUAGUUGAUAAUAAAGUAAUUAAAAUUUGUUUUCGUUCUCACGUAUUUAAAAUAUCAAAAAAUUAACAAAAUAAUAAAUUACAAUAAACUAAAAAAACCUUGUGAACAACAGAGCUCCAUCACUUAAGUCAUAUUUCCCCCUUAUUAAUUAUUAUUCUUAUUAUUAGAUGCUUUUUAUUGAAAUGGAAUUUUCAUGUUUUUGAAAAAAUUAUCAAAGCUCAACUUUCUACAUAAAAGGUUGGAAAGGGGGCUACUCAACAUUCCGUUGACACUAUCAAAAGGCACUUGCUGAACGCAUUAAUAUACAAACAAAUUUAAAACGCUCUAACUCAAUUAUGAGAGAGUGUAGAGGUGCCAGAAGCCUUAGAAUCGUAAUAAAACCAUAACAUAUCGAUAAUAAACAGAAGGAAAGAGUUUUGAAUUUUUAACACUAAUUCAACUUGCAUUCAAAUUUUUAAUAAUCUCAACUCAAUUUAGAGUAGCUGUACAGAUAUACAAAACUAUAAAAACUUCGUAAAAAGUGGUUUUCCUUUAGUACUCGGUUCUAAUUCACAUUUCAGUUCAAGCUCAAAUCUUAUGAUAAUACAUUAAUACAAGAACUAUUUUGAUAUAAUAUUAGUAGCUAGAUUAUGCAAUCGAAGCAGUUUGAAAUGCAAGAUUCCUCAUUUUUAUUUGAAUAUGUACAGCUUUUAUAGUUCCAGGUAUACACAUUCAGAUGGUGAUUUAAAAAAAAUUGUGACUAAAAGAUGAGCUUUAAUAUUAUUGAUUUGUCUAUUUCAUGUCAAUAUAAAAAAAUGCGGAUAUGUCCAGCGGCUAAACCGUUUUUUCAAUGUAAGGUUUAGUCCGUCUACGGCCCCGAUUUUAAAUUUGUUAAAAAAUUAUCUCUGCUUUUUAAAUUCUGCUUUGUGAGUUAUUAACAUUGAAAAUUUUUAUU